AAACAGAUAGCUCAGUAGAACAGCACUGACUGCUCAAAGGAAUUACUAGGCGGAGAAGCAGGCACUUAGUUCUGAACAAAAUGUCCACGAUCUUGGAUAUUCGCACUAUUUAUCAGAACCUGAAAAAUUUAAGCCUCUCAGAAGACUUUGACACUGCCAAUGACCACGGCUUCAACAGUCCUCAGAGAAGACACUCUUGUGCCCCUGAACUGUAUGAUGAAACUCGCUGGGGUUCUCGCGAUCCUUGGAGUUGUGACCCGCCUCGUGCUCCCUUCAGAGCAGAUCGGUCAGUUAGCCUUACGGAAGGAACCCGGUCUGCACUACCUCCACCACCUGGGUUCCCACCACUGAAGGUACCCCUGCCUGCUCUACCUGCUCCUUCACCUCGUUACAAGACUGAGCUAUGUCGCACCUUUUCUGAAACGGGGACCUGCAAGUAUGGUUCCAAAUGCCAGUUUGCCCAUGGACAGCAGGAGCUGAGAGAGCCAAAUCGUCACCCAAAGUACAAGACAGAGUACUGCCACAAGUUCUACUUGUACGGAGAGUGUCCAUAUGGGUCUCGCUGCAACUUCAUCCACCACCCAGCUGAGCAUGGAAGUACACACCAGCAAGUCCUGCGCCAAAGCCUCAGCUAUACUGGUGUACCAGUGAGAAGAGGGUCACCUCCACCACCAGGCUUCCCAGAUCCUGCUUCAUUCACCAGAGCUUCUUCAGUAUCUCCACCACCUUCAACAGACAUGCUUUUCUCUCCUGCUCCUCAUGAGACCAGAAGCCACGUUUCCACCCUCAAAGGAAUGGACUCAUGCUCUCGCUGUUGCUCAUGUCGGUGCUCAAGAGCUGGGACCCUUCCUCAAGAUCCCUUCGCAAACUCUGUGCUCUUCCGCACACCUUCCUCCAAUUCUCUCACCGAGAAUGAGUGCUAUAGCAGUGGAUCAGAGUCUCCCGUCUUCGAGGUGUCAAGUCAAAUUACUUCCACCAAGAGAUUGCCAAUCUUCCACAGGCUGUCCGUCUCUGAUUGAGGAAGGCAAGCAGGGGAAGAAAAAGCUUCGAUCAACCUUUCUUAUUUCAACCUGGUGAUCAGACCAGCACAAUAGUUGAGUCUUUAAAAAGAAACAAGGCAUUCUGUGAAUUUCCUCCACCUCCAGAGAAGAGAACAAUCUCAAGACUCUUUUCCAAGUGCCUUAUAUGGAUUCUCAGGACUAAGUGGUCUCAGUUGAAGGCUUCACAGUAGCUUCAAAGGCCAUAACUUUUUGCACAAAUGAUCCUUUCUCCCCUCAUCCAAACCAAUAUCUGUUGUUAAACUAUUCAGAGAUGGCACCUGCAAGGUUCCAUAGCUAACAGGUCCAUUAUAUUGUCUAAGGGCUUCCCUCUACUGUGUUAUUGUACAAGAAGUCCCGACUCAUGUAGCAGAUCAAGGUAUUUAGCAUGUUUACUGCCCCUAGUCUCAAGCCCCUAGUUUGGGCUGGACCUAAACUUGUCAGAAUGGGACCAGCGUGGACCAGUAUCCUGGUUGUGAAAAACCUGAAUUUAUACCCCUGUGAACUCCUGCAAUAACUUUUAAAUGUUCAUGUUUUUGAAAGUGCUGCAAUGCAUUGCAGUGUUAUAAUACAACACCACAAUAUCAUUCUGUAGGCUACAGAUACACUACUACUUGGGUUAUAUACACUACACUGUGUAUAAUGUAGAUUCAGACACUUAUUGGCUUGUUUCAUAAUGUGGCACCGGGCCCUGUAGCAGUCAGCCAGCCUGCUGGGUGAUUUGAUACAGCAAAUAUUUUGCUACCAUGUUACUAAAUAAGUGCCCAGACCUCCAAGUUGCCUGAUAUUCAGAAGCAAACCAG